AAAAAUAUCUAGUGUUACCUGUUCUACCAGCCUUGGCCCAACCCAGUUCACUCCAUUUAAAAGCAUGUUGUGGUGUUCAGUGGCGUCAUAGCUUCAAGGAAGAGUGUCAGAAGCGAACAGCAUGGCUUCCUCGUGGGCUCCAGAUGAAUUUGUUUGCUCAGUGUGUCUGGAAGUCUUGCGCGACCCCGCUACACUGCCUUGUGGACACACGUACUGCAUGCUCUGCAUCAAGAAGCAUUGGGACCAAGGGGCAUCCACAAACUGCUACAGUUGCCCCCAGUGCAGGAAAACGUUUAAUCCUCGACCAUCUCUAUCCAGGAGUACUGUGCUGGCUGAGGCCUUGGAGAAAUUAAAACUACGAUCACAGCAGCAAACUGAUCCUUCAUCUCCAGUCUAUGUCACUGUCUUACCAUCUUUGCCAACUUCUCAGGAUGGUUCUGCAGCAGCUGAGAAAGGAUUGUACCCACAGCUUCCAGUGUCUUCCCCUCGACUUUGCCCAGAGCACCAGCAACCACUGGACCUCUACUGCAGUGACGACAAAGUGUUUGUAUGUGAGGAUUGUGGACUGUAUACGCACAAGGGCCACCAGGUCGUCCGACCACAUGAAGAGAGAAGAGAGAAACAGCAAGAGGUGGUUCAGAUGCAGGCAGAAAUUCUAAGGAGAAUUCAAGAGAAAGAGAAAGACCUUCAGGAUCUCCCAAAGGCUCUAGAGGUUUACCAGGACCAGAUGCAAGUGUUCCAGAAUGAGAUUAAGGAGACCAUUGUGGAGCUGGUGAAGAGUAUGGAGCUAUUGGGCUCUCAGGUGGAAGAGCUCGUUCUCCAGGCCCACGAAGCCUUUUCAGAGAGCAGAAAAGAUACCCACCUCAGUAGGCUGCAGCAGGAAGUGGCCCAGCUUCGCAAACAGGACCAGGAGCUGCGCUCCCUCUCCUGCACACCAGAUGACGUCAGGUUUCUGGAGGAGCUUAGAACCCUCUCUGCUCAAGGCCUGGCUGGAAGCGAAGAGGUUAUUGAUCCACAGUUUGAAGCAAUCAAGUCUGGAAUCAAAGCAAAACUGGGGAGAAUGACAGACAGGCUACAGGAUCUUAACAAAGACACACUGACUCAGAUAUUCAGAAUUGUUAAUGAUUCCAAUUCAGCACGUCGCAUGUCUAAUUGUCAAGAAGCAAGUGCAGGACCCACUCACAUAAGUGCUGCCUCUGCUGAAGGUCCGCCACUUCCAUCACGGCCACCAGGAAUGGCCCGCUCUGCAACUGCGGCGACCCCAGGGCAUGCCAGAUCUGACGUCCCACCCCCUCUCCCAGAGAGACUUCCAGCCAUGAUGCGUGCUGCAACCUUACCUGUUCAAAGGCCUACAACCAACCUUCUGGCAAACCCAAAGCCCAAAACCAGAGAGGAGAUGCUGAAAUUUCGAUUUGAGCCCACGCUGGACCUGAACACAGCAUAUCGCCACAUCCGCAUCUCUGAUGGUGCUCGGAAGGCCACUCUGCGGGCGGAGGUGGUGGAUGCGUCUGAGCACCCCGACCGCUUCCUUUACUGGAGGCAGGUGCUGUGUAGGGAACCCCUGGCCGGGAGUCCCUACUACUGGGAAGUGGAGUGGACAGGGCAUAAGGUGACCGUCGGUGUGACCUACAGAGAGCUGGAGCGGGCAGCCAACGAUAACCGCUCCAGGCUGGGCUAUAACCCUUUGUCCUGGGGCCUCUACUGGUCUGGCUCCGCCUUCUCCGUCUGGCACAAUGACAAGGCGACUCCCCUGGGAGGCCCCAAAGCACACAGGAUUGGCAUCUAUCUGGACCAGCAGGAGGGUGUGCUGGCCUUCUACAGGGUCUCCCAUGGAAAAGCAGAGCUCAUCCACAGUCUCUGGGAAAACUUCACCGGUCCGCUCUUCCCCGGAUUCAGGUUCUGGACUGGAGUUGGUGCCACGAUCAAAAUUUCUGAGCUGGAGUAAGGAUGUGGAACAUUGCAGUGCCAGUUCUGACUUGUAUGCCAGCCUGAUGUCCAGCGUAUGUUCCAGUAUACUGAUGAGUUUUAUACUAAUGGUAUAGGUGCUGAUGGAUGACGUGAUUGAAGUCCUGGAUGCAAAUUUAGACAGCUAGAAUAUGUUUUCCUGGUCAUUUUUGUUGUUGUAUUUUUCUAUUGUUUUAGUUUACUCUUUCCUCACCCUCUCAGUGGAAAAUGACUCUCUGCUUGUAUUUAUUGUUGCUGAUAAAUUUACGCACAGAAGUAGUUACUUGAAAAUUACCUUAGGCUUUGGUCUUUAGGAAUGCAUUUCCAUGUAGUUAUUCUGUCAAACACUCCCCCCUGGUGGAAUUAGAGAGAUGUACAUGUUUAAACCAUACUUGAAGUGAAUCUUUUGGGAAGAGGCCAUUUGUGGCCUUAUCCUCUGGAUAUGCUGGCCUUUCCUGUGAACUGGAAUAUAUGACUACUGAGUGUAUGAAUUAAUAUAGUUACUCAAAUGCUGUACGAAGUACAGUACCCUCAAGUACCCUCUUGGUUUAGAGGGUAAUGAGAUCUGGGGAGAUUGUAGAUAAAAAUUUAAAUUGGGCCACUUGUUCAUUCAAAAUAUAUAUCAUAUACGUAGGUCUUCUCUCUCCCUCACCUUUUUCAGAUUUCGCCUUUUCUUUCUCAAUACCUUGUAUUGUAAAUAACUUAUUAAAUUAUUUAGUACAGAUUA